AUGUGUAGGUUUGGAGAUUACAAUCGACCCACUAAUUUAAAAGCAUGCCAUUCGCCGAUUCUUGAUGCUAAAGUUGGACGACUAUCUGACAAUGUCUCAGAACAAAAAACAUACUGGUUAUUUGCUACAAUUUAUCCACGUAAUCUUGGUACAGGUGAAAGUACAUCAAUAAAUUCUCAGCUAAGUCAGAAAAUACGAUCCCGUGGUAAGCGUGACGAUGAUUGUAGUCACAUCAUAGCUGCUUCAUUAGACGGGAAAAUGGUAGAUUUCAAUUUAUUUCCUCAAAGUAAAUUCAUUAAUCGAGGUUGGAAGGAUUACGGUAAAUUCUGGAGAAAAGCCAUUGAAUGCACGAUUUGGAUAUGGUUGAAAAAUUCUGUCGUCAUCAACCCGCGUGUUGAAUUUCAAAUUCGUUUCUUUUAUGAUGACCAAAAUUAUCCACACCGACCUGACCAUGCAAAGUUUUUGAUAACAUUCAAGCAUGACGGUAGAAACAAGACCAAGGAUAUAAAUUAUCAUGAUCACGAAAACAUUCAAAUGGAAUUAUAUGCUAUUUUAAAAGGCGAUUUAAUGAAUAUAAUUGAAAAUGAAUCAGAUUCGGUUCUUGAACCUAAUUAUGAAAAAGUCAAUUGGGAACAGUUUUCGAAACUCUAUCCUCUUAAUACUAAAUAA